AUGCAUAUCGUUGCACCUGCUUUGGUCUUCUUGAUGCUUCUCAUGUCUCCAAUCAUCGCACUAGAUGCGGAGACUUAUUCAAAAAUUUCAUCUGAUAUUCACAAUGAUGGCACAGACAUCACGACCCUCAAAGUGGCUAUGUAUCCUCAUUUGCCUGAUUCGGCAGGUGACAACUACGCAAAACUAUUACAAUUUAUCAACGAGGAAUUUAAAAAAAUUCAACCAACGAUCAAUCUACAGCUACGUCCGCUAGACCAAAACGAUGACUUCUAUAGUCUGGCGACACUUACUCCGUGGCUAUCAACCGACGGAACAGGAUACGACGUAGUCGAAAUUGAUACUUUGGUUUUGGGUGACCUUGUCAACGCUGGUCUCAUUGUUCCGCAAUUUCCCAUCUCACAUAAUCAUUCAGAUUGGCAUUCAGCUGCCGCCAGUGCUGUUCUGUUUAAUCAAGCAGUGUAUGCUUAUCCACACAUUAUGUGCGCAUAUUUUCUUUUCACUCGUGAUGAACAAGCAGCUAAAGUAACUACCAUAGACGAGCUUAUAAAUAUUCUAAGCCCUAAUGCUUCUGCCACUUAUCGUCUAGUUGGAAAUAUGAAUUCUAGUUGGAUCUUACCUUCUCUGUGGAUUAACAGUUACCAGAGCAGUAAUAAUUCCGAAUAUAAUAUACCAGCAUUUGCUCUUCAUUCUUAUCAAAAGAACUCAUUUGAAACUAUGCGCAAGUUUGCACAACUCUGUGAUCGAGCAGGAGGAGAAAAUAACUGUCUUAACGGAGUAUUCAGAGAUAAUUCCAACAUGACGGCCUUAUUAUUUGCACAUAAACAGACGGCGGCUAUGUUUGGCUUUUCUGAAAACCUUUUUACAGUCCUCAAAAAUGGAGAUCUGGAUGACUAUUCCAAUGUCAAAAUGAUUCCAUUGCCAUUAGGUACAAAUGAUAAUCAACCUGGUUUUUUUACUAAUGCAUUCGUUUUUCGGCGAAAUAUGUCAGUCGAUGUAUUAAAGGCUGCUCGUUUAUUUGCCGAUUUCAUGGGCACACCCCGUAUGCAAGCAGCUGUUGUUGGCAGUGCAGAUAGCCCUAAUACGAAGCCUCGCUACCUUCUUCCUAUGUCAAAGAAUGCUUAUAAUGAACCACUUUUAGCAAAUGACCGCUUCUAUCAGCAAGCGAUGACGAAAGAACAUGCAUAUCAACUUCUCUAUCCGUCGAUCAGCAGUCGAUCAAGUGCAGAUGCAUUUCUUGAUAAGCUCGUUGUGCCAGGUGGAGAAACACCAAUCAAGUUUUUCUGGUCAGGUUUUGGUGUUCCUAAUAGUGCUGAAGUAGCUGCUGAAAUAGCACGUUAUCACAAUGGAGUAACACUUGAGAUGCUACUUGAGAGACCAGAAAAUGCUGCUGUAAAACAACAAAUGUGUAUUUGGCCGGCAAGAGAGGAUAUCUCGCCUGUUGCUGAAGCUUGUCGAGCACAAUGGAGACGCCUCUCGCAGGUAUAUGCAGAGAAAGCCCGAGGACCUGUCACUCCCAUACUUGGUGAUCACGUAGCGCCUGACAGUGUAUGGAUGACACAUGAAAAAAAUGCUCUCAAUCAGAGUCAACAAAAAGGAAACUAUCUGUAUGGAUUUCAACGUCCAAUGAAUCUUUACGAAGUAUACUGCGUUAAAAUGGCUAAGUCUAGAUCCGAUUAUCCAGAAAUUAAAGAAAAAAUAUGCACGAAGCAAACUGGUUAA